AGAUAAAAUAUCUUUCUUUCUUUCCUCAAGUAGCCUCUUCUUCCUUGAAUCACCGUAGACAGAGGAAGGGAGCAAGGUUAAAAGAAAAAACCAAAAGGAACCCAGAAAUUUAAUCUCUGUUUUUCUGACUAUUGACUUGGCUCAAAGCCCACAAAAAGGAACUCGGAAGAUCUAGAGCUUUGGGGCCAAGACGUGUUAUCUCAGUCUCUGGAACCACACCCUUCUUCUACCUUCAAUAAUCUUGCACGUGUAUUUUUCCAAUUUGUAAUCACUUUAACAAUCGAUCUCUUCCUCUCUCCUUACCUUCCUUUUUUCACCCGUAUGUUCUUGGUUGGAACCGCUGGUUUUGUUUUUCCUUCUUUCAAUCUGCUAUUAAUAUUGCUUCUACGAUGGAUUGAUACCGGAAGGGAAAAGGAAAACCCAUUAAUAAACCUUUGAUUGAAUGUCAUUUAUUUGAUGUAAUAAGCCUGUUCCUUUGGAAUUUUGACUCCCUUUUUCCUUCUUUUUGACCUUCCCCUCUCUAAGCAAAGAAAAGUCUGCAUCUUUUGUCCUCUUUUUCUCGCUAGUUCGAGUCAAAUUUUUGGAUCCUCCUCCUAUUUGAUUAUUGGGUAUAUUACUCUCCCUCAAAAACAGAAGAAAACAAGGGGCCCUUUUUAUGUUAUUUAUUUAUUCCCCAUCUUAUAAAACAGAUCUCUUUCUUUCCAAAUCUCCAUGCUUGCAGAAAAGAAGAGCAACCCCAAGACACAGCAUUCGCGGAAAAAUUGGUGAAAUUUGCCGAGGUAGUUAGAAACGUUGUCGUUUUAUCUUGUCAUGUCUGGGGCAGCAGGGCCUGUGGAGCAUGUAGGCUUGCCUAAAAUGGAGGCAAAAUCCAAACCCGGAUGCUGCAACCCGGUCAAAAAACCUGGACCCGUCUCAAUGGAUCAUGUUCUUUUAGCAUUACGUGAGACCAAGGAAGAAAGGGACUUGAGGAUUCGGAGUUUGUUCAAUUUUUUUGAUGCAGCCAAUGUGGGAUUUUUGGAUUAUGCCCAGAUCGAAAAGGGUCUCUCUGCUUUGCAGAUUCCGGCUGAGUAUAAGUACGCGAAAGAUCUGUUGAAAGUUUGUGAUGCAAACAGAGAUGGGCGCGUGGAUUAUCACGAGUUUAAGAGGUAUAUGGAUGAUAAGGAGCUUGAACUUUAUAGGAUUUUCCAAGCUAUUGAUGUGGAGCACAAUGGGUGCAUUUUGCCUGAGGAGCUUUGGGAUGCGCUUGUUAAGGCUGGGAUUGAAAUUGAUGAUGAGGAGCUUGCUCGUUUUGUAGAGCAUGUUGACAAGGACAAUAAUGGGAUUAUAACUUUUGAAGAAUGGAGAGAUUUCCUUCUACUCUAUCCUCAUGAAGCUACUAUUGAGAACAUCUAUCAUCAUUGGGAAAGGGUUUGCCUUGUAGAUAUUGGAGAACAGGCUGUUAUUCCUGAAGGAAUCAGUAAGCAUGUUAAGAGAAGCAAAUAUUUUAUUGCAGGAGGAAUAGCAGGAGCAGCUUCUCGUACUGCAACUGCUCCUCUUGAUCGCCUUAAGGUGGUAUUGCAAGUGCAGACUACACGUGCUUGUAUUUUGCCAGCUGUAAAGAAGAUAUGGAAGCAAGAUGGUCUCUUGGGGUUUUUUCGAGGUAACGGGUUAAACGUUGUGAAGGUAGCACCUGAAAGUGCAAUCAAGUUCUAUGCAUAUGAAAUGUUAAAGAAUGUAAUGGGAGACAGUAUGGGGUAUAAGAAGGGUGAUAUAGGUGCCAGUGGGAGACUUAUUGCUGGUGGCGUAGCAGGUGCGGUGGCACAAUCUGCUAUCUAUCCAAUGGAUCUUGUAAAAACUCGGUUGCAGACUUGUGCUUCUGAAGGUGGAAGGGCUCCAAAGCUGGGGAAACUAACUAGGGAUAUAUGGGUUCAGGAGGGACCUCGAGCAUUUUAUAAAGGUCUUGUGCCAUCUCUUCUUGGGAUUAUCCCGUAUGCUGGCAUCGACCUUGCUGCCUAUGAGACCUUGAAAGAUUUUUCAAGGACAUAUAUUCUUCAAGAUGAAGAUCCAGGUCCUCUUGUGCAACUAGGUUGCGGAACAGUUUCAGGAGCUCUAGGAGCAACCUGUGUUUAUCCCUUGCAGGUUAUUAGAACGAGACUGCAAGCUCAACAUGCUACCUCUGCUGCUGCGUAUAAGGGAAUGUCUGAUGUAUUUUGGAGAACACUUCAGAAUGAAGGUUAUAGAGGUUUCUACAAAGGACUCGUUCCUAAUCUUCUCAAAGUUGUCCCAGCUGCAAGCAUUACAUAUUUGGUUUAUGAGGCUAUGAAAAAGAGUCUAGAUCUUGACUAGGGAAGUUCUGUAGUCAGGCCCAGUGACCUUAAGUUUAUUGCAGAAAGGAAAGUAGAGGUGAUGAUAAAUAUAACGAUAAUAAGAUAAUUAAACAAGUAGGUGAUAUGAUUUUUGGGUUAUAUGAUAGGUGGUAAUUCCCUUCAGAGAAUGGGGUGCAUAGUUUUGUAGUAAAAAAUAUUUCUCGGCUUAUCUAAACUAAAUGUUGAGAAUCGGGUUUAAAUGGCAUAAUCAUGUCUUACUUCAAGGUGAUAGGUAUGAUACUAUUCAUUUCUUCUUC